UGGGCGCUAGGGUUGAUGCGGAAAAAGCAAGGCACGCGACCGUCACGUCACCUCCGUCGGCUGUUAAAACUAACGUUCCUCGGAGGCGCGCGGGUCACCUUCGCUGAGAAGCCAGUUGAGAAGGUCGGAGUUCGUCAAUUGACCGACGUAUCGAGCACCCACAAAAUGGCUGGAUUCUUUGACUACCUGAGCCCAGAGCUCCAGAAGGAGCUGAGAACAAAUGCAGAGGCAAUUGUUGCUCCUGGGAAGGGUAUCCUAGCUGCUGAUGAAAGUACCGCUACUAUGGGGAAGCGACUGCAGGGUAUUGGAGUGGAGAACACAGAGGAUAACAGGCGUCACUACCGCCAGCUGCUCUUCACAUCUGGCGAGUCGAUGAACUCUGCAAUCAGUGGAGUCAUCCUCUUCCAUGAGACCCUGUAUCAAAAUGCUGAUGAUGGCACCCCAUUUGUGAAGCUCCUGCAGAGCAGGGGAAUUAUUCCUGGCAUUAAGGUUGACAAAGGUGUUGUGCCCCUCAUGGGUACUGAUGAGGAAAGCACCACACAAGGUUUGGACGACCUUGGCAAGCGUUGCGCUCAGUACUACAAGGACGGCUGCCGCUUUGCGAAGUGGCGCUGCGUGCUGAAGAUCAGACCUCAUUGCCCCUCACCUCUUUCAAUCUUGGAAAAUGCUAACGUUCUUGCACGCUAUGCUUCAACUUGUCAGCAGAAUGGUAUUGUGCCAAUCGUGGAGCCAGAGGUUCUCCCCGAUGGUGAUCACGACCUUGACCGUGCUCAGAAGGUGACCGAGCAGGUGCUGGCCGCAGUCUACAAGGCUCUGAGCGAUCACCAUGUCUACCUGGAAGGCACCCUUUUGAAGCCCAACAUGGUGACUGCUGGGCAGAGUUGUCCCAAGAAGUACUCCCCCAUGGAUGUUGCUCGUGCCACGGUGACUACUCUGCAGCGCACCGUGCCUGCUGCAGUCCCAGGCAUCACUUUCCUCUCGGGCGGACAAUCCGAGGAAGAGGCAUCUAUCCAUCUUGAUGCCAUCAACAAGUUCCCAGGCAAGAAGCCCUGGGCCCUCACCUUCAGCUACGGACGUGCGCUUCAGGCUAGCGCCUUGAAGGCAUGGAGUGGAAAGAAGGACAAUGUGAAACAUGCGCAGGAAGAGUUCCUGAAGCGUGCCAAGGCGAACCACUUGGCUUGCCAAGGAACGUACACCCCUGGCAUGGUCCAGAGCCUGGCUGCAGAUCGCUCAAAUUUUGUUCCAACUCAUACCUAUUAGUUUGUCGCAUCUUGCGACACAGCAUGGUAGCUGCUGCAUGCAUUCCUACUAUACAUCUUGUUACUACUGUUCUGUUACUAAUUUUGUUACUACACCUUUUUCUAUGCAUGAUUUUCUAUGCAUGCCUUUAUGCAAGGACUUUUUAUCUACAGCUAUAUGGCUAUGCGAUAACAGCUAUGCGAGUUGUAAGCUCUGUUUGUGCAGGCAAACAGUGAGGCUGCUCUUGGGAAGUACGGUGGUGGAGUGUCUGGAGCUGCAGCUUCGGAUGUUCUCUUUAUCAAAAAUCACGAGUACUAAGUGUGUGUAGCAUCGUGUCUCCACUUAGAAGUGCAGCACCUCUGUUCCUGGAAAAUCUUGUCUGACUGGUGUCAACUCUAUCUAGAAUAAAAUGUGGAAUGUA